CCCAAAGAUGACGGCGGGCCGGAAGCCGGCAGCGAACCCUGCUGUGUUGUCCCUCCCGUCGUCGGCCGCCCCGUCUAGCGGUGGCCUCCAGGUUGCGCUGGGCUCGGUGGGUGCGAAUGCGAAGGCCAAGCGUUCCAAGGCGACUCCGGUGUCGCAGCGGGCUCCAAGCGCCAGAUCCGAGGCGGCGCUGGGCGACCUUUCUUCUCUGGAGAGUGCUCAACUUUGUCCCGCCGACAAGAACCUGGAGAUCUCAGCAAUUCCUGGGAUAUGGUGAACCUCAAGGGCAAAGGUUUGAAGCUCACUUAAACCUUCAACCCGACAUCACUAGCGGUGACGGGACCCUAUGGGCACGGAGAAUAUGAUGGUUGAAUAUGACACAACUAACAUGUUUGAAGACUUCGUCGAGUCUCUCAAUCUCUUGAGUGGUCAAUAUUUAUGUAUGUCCAUUUAUGAGUUGUAUUAACAACAUAAGUAUUGUUGUCAUCAUAUAUUGUAUAUCACAAUAUAUUGUAUCAGCACUUUGGUACAAAUACAUUUGUAUGUAUUCUAUAUAUCUGAUAGUGAUUUUCUUGAGAA